CGGCAAAGCGUGAUUCGUUGUGAUCAUGUGAAGUGCCGCGAAGCACGGGUUGUUUUCCUCUUGCCUUCCCCUCGUGUGUUCCUCACCAUCCUUCUCUUCCAGGGUGCUGUGCCAUGGCUGAUCCCUGGUCCAUACCCGACCUGGCAACCCUGGCUCUGUACCGUGUGGAUACACCUUACCUGGAACUGGGUCAUGGAACAUUUGGUCAGACAGUGCUGCCUAAUCCUAAAACAGGUGUUGAUCCCUGUGAAGUUUGGUGCAAUCAGCCUGUGGAGAGAUUGAGGGAAUAUUGCAACGUGAUUAAAAUCCAAAUGCUUUGGCCUCUCCUCUUCACCCAACAAAGCACUUCUUUCCAAGGGCAAUUUGGUUUGAUGUUUCAGGAAUGGCAUCUGUGGAAGACAAUCUGUGAGUGUAAUUUUUUGGAAGACCUUGCUGAUUUAAUUAAAAAAGUUGUUAACAUUCCACACUUUAUCAGUGGCAUAUUGAAGAUUGGCAAUGGGAUAGAAAAUGGUUUCUUUCAGCUGGAGGAGGCCCUGGAUUGGAUCAGAUGUGUGGGUGAUGCCAACAUCAUGAAGGGCCUGGAGGAGCUGGGGGAUUUUGGCCGCCUUAAACUCGUAGCCCUUUUUACUCAGUGGGAACGUUCCAUCACUAAAGUCGCGUUGGAAGGUUGUGAUUUAGUUGAAGAAUUGAAAGCUCUGACCUGUGAGAGCUCCAGGAAGGACAGUGAGUUGAUGAAACAGAAAGGAAAUGAUGAAUUUUCCCGCCGAGCCUUCGUUUCUGCAAUAAUCUCAUAUACCAGGGCCAUAGAGCUUUGCCGUACAAACCACCUCCUGUAUGGAAACAGAGCUCUCUGCUUUAUCCUCACAGGAGACUAUGGGAGAGCUGUUGCUGAUGGGAAGAGAGCCAUUAUUUUGAAGCCUGAUUGGCCAAAGGGUCACCACCACUUCUGCAAGGCCCUGUCCUUGCUGGGGAGGCACCAGCAGGCCCUGGAGGCCAACGAGAGGGCUCAGGAGCUCUGCAGGAACGGCCCCGAGGGGCUCAAGGAGCUCGUCCAGCAGCAUCAGCAGCUGAAAAAGGAGUGGGAAGAAAUGAAUGGUCCCAAACAACGUAAGCAGAAGGCAAAGAGGUCUCUGCUGGAGAAAAAAGACUGCAGUUCUUCAAAAUCUCACGGAAUGACCUCUCAGGGGCAAAAAGAAAUAGAAAAAAACAGAAAGAGAGCACAGGCUGAUGCCAAAGGUCCUCAAAAACAGGAUGCCAAGGUGACUGACACCCAAAGACCAGAGAGCAAAGUUUCCACGCUGGAGUUGCCACAGAACCAAAGUCAUCAAAAUAAAAGAAGGCAAAAACCCAAACCUGGUGACUCUGAAAAAAUGAGGGAUCACCUUGAUUUGAAGAGGGAGUCUAAAGCCGUGGAAGAUAAAAACCUCUGCCCUGUGCCACAGAUGGAUUUCAGUGCAGAGGACGUUAAAACCCCCAGGAACAAGGGAUUUACAGCCUCCAGGGACGAGUGUGCCGGUGAUAAACCCACCCCUCUACCCCUGCUGAGAGCUGUGGAUGCUGCAGAACGUCAGGUGUCCCAGGUGGAUUUUAAUGCCUUACCAGAAGGGGUGACGUCCCUGGCUCGGGAUGGUUGUGCAGCCCUGAUGGAGCAGCAGUGUCACAGUGCAGAACAGGCCUUUUCACAGCUGCUCAGCAUUCUCUAUACUUCCGAAUUUAGGUAUAUGAAUAUUCAUAAUAUUAAUUAUGUCAUAAUCAUUUAUGGACAUGCCACUGCCCUCCUGGGAAUAGGACAACCUGAGGCGUUGGCAAAGGCCGAAGAGCAGUUUAAGAGAAUAAUUGAAGAAAACCUCGAUGAAAGGUGCUUUUGUUUGGCACACUAUGGAAUCGGGAGGGUUUACCUCAGGCAAAACAGAUUUGCGCAUGCACUCGAUCAGUUCCUGAGAUCAAAGCUGAUGAUUGAUUUCAAGAUGGUCCCUGGGGUGUUAACGUGGCCGGCGACAACUCAGGUCAUCGAGGAGACACGGACAGAGAGUUUGCAGAUGGCUUUGAGGAGCUGUAUCGAGGAGUGCAAGUUCCCUCCGGAGCCAGACGCUGUCUGUCGGUACCAGCAGUGCCACGGCCACUCCAAAAUCCAAAUAUUUUUCACAGACCCGGACUUUAAGGGUUUUAUCCGUGUUAUCUGCUGUCAGCAGUGCAGGGUGGAGUUUCAUAUCAGCUGCUGGAAAAAGCUGAAGACAACAAGCUACAGCGAUAAAAAUGAUAAAGAUUUCCUUAAGGAAUUGUGUUUUACUCCUGAUUGUAAAGGCCUUAUUUCAAAAAUACUUAUUUUCAGUUCUUCUGGUCUGCUAAAAUGUGAAUUUGAACAAAAAAUCACCAAGCCCAGGGGACCACCAAGGGCCUGUAUUAAACAGAAAUGUUCAAGCAUCAGGAAGUUGAAAGCCAAGCAGGAGAAAAAACUGCGGCGGAAACGCGCGCGGGAAGAGGCUCGGAAUUCCGCCAGGAGGAAAGCGGAGGAGAAGCAGGAGGGGAAGGAACGCUCCGAGCGCGGUCCCAGCCGUGGUUAUGGCCCAGAUUUCUCUGCUGGUGACCGGGUCCUGCAGCACCUCAGCCGGAACUCGGAGCAGAUCCAAACAGCAGUUGCUGAUGCUGCCAAGUUACUGAAGGAAUUACUGUCCUGGUUUGUCAUCAGCGAGGAGGAUUACACCUCAUAUUCCCAAAUCAGCAGCAAGCCCAGGGAAGUGAUGGAGCAGCUCCUCAGCCACUUAAUCCAGGAAAAAAACCGGGUCAAAACCAGGGGGUUCAUCCACGUGCUGAGCCAGCUGGAAGGAGUGGAUCCCAAACUGCUCAAGUGGCUGAAGCACCUUAAUAACUUGGGUCUGACAGCAACAAAAAACUUCCUCCAUCAGUACGAGCAGUCACUGCAAGAGCUUGACUUUGCUGUUUUAGCCACCCUGUGGAACCAGAAGUAUGGCAGGAGAUUUGAUUAUGUGCCAGCCCCUUGGGAAAAGCAAGAGAUUUGGGAAUAUUUCCUAAAGCCCCCCUUAGAGAAAUCCCGUUGUUUUAUAUGGCUUUUAGAGGACAACAGGGAACGUUUCCCGUCCCUUCAUCCAGCUUUGGAUGAAUUCUUUGAUAAAAUGGAUGACCCAACCAUUAUAUUAAAGAAGCAGGGAAAUGAAAAUAUAUCAAAUAAUGAUAUCAAAGUUAAAAAUAAAAACAGGAAAAAGAACUUGAAAGACUCGAGGUCUAUUUUAGUAUUAUCCAGUGGAGUUAGUACAGCCCCACGAGAAGAAGAGAAGAUAUUUAUAGAAGGAAAUACUUUAUAUACAGAUUUUACAAAUGAACCCUUUGUAAUCCCAGAAUAUCUCCAGGAGCAACUGGAGGAAUUUGAAGCUCUCUAUGAAGUUUCAAAUAGUAACAGUUAUAAUAAUAAUAAUAAUAAUCCAGAUGCAAUCUGUGAGUACUUAUAUGGGUAUUUCUCUCAAAUCUUGGAAGAACAUGGCCCUCUGGAAAUUAAUAAUAAAUUACUAAUUGGGGAAUAUGAAAAUUUCCCCGAAGGAACUCGAAGGGUUGUGGAGGAUCAAGGGGGCCUGGAAUCUUUCCUCCUGAAAUCCCUCCGUUUCAUUAUGGUGGAUAAUCUGAUUGGCUUGAGGAAGCACUCGGUCCUUUUCGAGGGAAACACCAACGGAAGUGAAAGUUCUACAGAUGGGGACGUGCCAGGAAACCAUUCCCAGAAAAACCUGCGGUUAAAUCCGGAUGCUGAGGAAUUCAAGCCCCAGUCCUACCCCGUCCAACCCCAUAUACCCCCACCACCUGACUUAAAUUACGAGACUCUCCAGUACCUGCCCUGUUCCUUCCCUGCUUCCUGGAGAUCCAGGAAUUCCCUGCAGAGCCAGAGCAUCGAAUCCACGGAAAACCAGUCGUUGAUUGCGGACAUUUUACUGAAGGAAAGCUCCGUGUUUGUGCCUCAGACCUCCUGGGGUUACCAAUAUAGGAGGAUAUUGCCUGUGCCUUUCCCAGUGCCUGUCCUGCCACGUGUUGCCAGGCAGCCUGGAUAUAUUUAUGCUGAUCCUGCAGCUCCUCGGGAUAAUCGGGAAUCGGCGAUUUCGGUCGGAAAACACAUCCCAGCUGAAACCCAAACGUGUGAAAACCCCGGGGCCCACUCGGAGAACUCGGCUGACACGGUGCAUAAAGAGAGUUUGGCUGCUCCAGGUAGCUCAGAUGAGGCUGAAAAUGGUAAACAGGGUAUUAAGGUGGAAAAAGGAAGCAAAAGUAAAUCCGGAAUGAAGAGCAACCCCCAUGUGAGGAUGGUGGCUGUUCAGGUAAACCAGGAAGUAGCUGAUAGGGAAACCAACACCUUGCCUUUCCAUCCGUUUGAAAACCAACCAGGAGAUAUCCUGCGUGUGGAAAAGGAGCACCACGUGCUGCAGGAACAACUGAAAGAGGCUGAGGAGAAAUUUGAGCAGCUGCAAAGCCGAAGUUCGGAGGAAGUCAGGGCUUUGGAGGAGCUCCUGAGGAAAAGUGUGGAAGAGACUGAGGUGUCCCAGAAUGAACUGGAUUGGUUCCACCAGGACUCGGAGGCACAGGGCAAGAAGUGGCAGCAGGAGAAGAAGGAGAACCGAGACAGCCUAAAGGCCCUGAGGAGCACAGCUAAAAAACACACAGACACCAACGAGAGGUAUUUGAAGACCAUUAAUGACAAAGAAAAGCAAUAUAAUACGUAUUUAAACACAUUUCUGGACACCAGUAAUAAAUUUGCUAAUGAGAAAGUAAAAUUGGAAGAGCUUAUAAAAAAGAGUCAAGAUGACUGCCAGGAGUGUGUGAAAAGAGCUGUUAAAGCAGAGAUCUCAGUAUUCCAGAACUGGAAGGAAGCUGAAGUUUGGAAGCUCAGUGGCACCGUGGCCAAAGCAGAAGCAAAUCUCAAGAUGCUGAAGGCCCUGGGCAGCAGCUCAGCUUCAGCAGCACCUUUGCUGAAGUCACAGAUUGAUUCCUGGGAAACUUUUAUUUCCAAUGUAAAGAAGCAGCUGGAAAAAGUGGAGGCUGAGUAUGAGGAGAAAAUGGAGCUGGUGAGAAGUGGUGCCCAGAUUUCCCUCACCAAGGUGGAAAUUAUGGAUAUUCCCUCUCCUCCCACUGUCCCAAUAAUGCCAGCCAGCCCCUCGGUCAGCGACCCAGCCAUCCUCACCUAUUCCUUGGCAUCUGCACAUCCCGCUCCGCUUCCCGCCUUCUCCAGUCCUGAAGCUCAAGGUGCAUCCUUUGGAAGCCAGCCUGGAGCUAAGGCAGCACCUGCCACUGCUGAGGCUCCUUCUGCAAGUGCUGCAUCCGUGAAAACGCAUCCCCAGCCUCCAGAGGGAUCCCAUUCCAACAAACUCCCCUCAUCUCACCCAGCAGGGAUUUCUGGGGGCGACGCUGGGCCAGCCCAGAACCCCCAGGAUGCCUCAGCUCUGCAGCCAAGGCCUCCUGCACUUCCAAACAACAAAAAGCUUCCAAAAGCGCUGGAAAAUAUCAUUGCACAGCUCCAGAGUAUAUUCCCAAAUUACAGCAGUUCAGAUUUCACUCCUUUUAUAAGAGAAGUGCAGAGAAGAAACGGGAACACCCUGUCAGGUCUGAGCCGCGAUGAGGUUCUGAACCGAGUGACGGAGCUGAUCCUGGACCAGCAGAGCCAGGCACCAACUGCAGCAGGGAGAGCCUCUGCCCCACCAGCCCCCACCGGAGCACGGAGCCGGGAAGUGGCUGCAGAAAGAAACGCCCCCAGUCCCUCCAGAGCAGCACCUGCACCUAAAAACACCUCCAAUAAAAACCCUUCUCAGCCAAACCUCCAGGCCUGGGGGAAUGUUGGAGCGACACCUAAAGCCAAAUGGAAAAAGCAGGACGAUACAGCCUCCAGUGAGGAUCCCUGCACGAUAUGUCACGACGAGCUGAGCAGGGACUCGUGUGAACUGGAGUGUGGGCACCAUUUCCAUAGAGAAUGCAUCAGGACGUGGCUCAAGGAACAUUCCAGCACCUGCCCCAUCUGCCGUGUCCACGCUCUCCUUCCCGAAGACUUCCCUGAGCUUCCUGCAUGGAACAAGUUCACCUAGUGCUGGCUUUAUUUCAUCGCUUUAUUAUAAUAAUGAUAAUAUAAUAAUAAUAAUAAUCAUCACAAUCAGAAGAUGCAGAGUGGUUGCAGAGUAACCCCAGAGCUGAGUUGGGAUUUAACACUUGGCAUUAAGGCACAGAUUCCCAAGAUCCAGCCCUUUUCCUGGUUGCUCCCUGAGUGUGAGAAGCUGAUGUUGGUUCAGUGCUGGCAGCUCACAAAACUGGCCUUUUUUUAUCAUUAUUAUUUAAUUGAAAAGUAACAAAUCUGUUUUAUCUGAAAGGCCAGAGCAC